AUGUCCUCCGACCAGACCAGGAAUGUCGUCAAGAAAAUCAUUCGCGAGAUCGGGCAAGAAUGCGCCACCCAGGGACAAACUGUGUCUGAAACCUUAGUGGCUUUCAUGGUGAAAGCUGUUGCUUUAGAUCCAAGAAAUGACUUAAAGGUGGAUCAAAUCCUUACAAAAGAAGAUAUGCAAAAUAUUAUCCAGCUCUGUGUUACCAGGCUGCUCGACACAACAAACCCAUCCCUGAGCACAAUUAAGAUGCAAGUUUACUUUGAUACAAACUACGCGAACCGAGCUGAACUGCUCAGUGAGCAGCACCGUGUUCUGGAGGCAAGGCUGGCUCCUGUGGUCAGAGAUAUCACAGAUAGUUGUCCUCAUCUUCAAGAAGAAAUGGAAAAUGUGUAUCGAAAGAUCGUUACCUAUGUGUUGCUGGCCUCUGGCCUCGGAUCCCCAACAGAUAUUGGGGUUGUCAGGGAGGUAGCAGCUGCCCUGCAGAGUGUAUUCCCCCAGAGAGAGAUAAUUACUUUCACCUCACUUGCUAAGAAGAACAAAGAGCAACAGCUGAAAACUCUUGCCAUGCUAGUCACAGGAAUUCGGUUGUACAACAAGGAAUGCAGGAAAGGAGGAAGCAGCAUUGAUGACUUGCCAGCCAUUCUGAAUGAAGCCAUUCCAUCAGCUACACGGACUAUCGAUGAAGGUCUCAAUAAUUGCCAUAUACUGGCCCACCGGUACACAGCUCUGCUGGAAUCCAUGCAGGAAGACCAACACAGGCAUACACAGCUUAGUUCUUUUAAAUUAAAAGAAGCACUAUUCAAUGUGAGACAAUAUGAGGCCUUCCUUUGCAUCCUUCUGUCUGAUGCAAUUACAAGUGCUCAAGAAGUUGAAAAGAUGCAUGUGCAGUUUGCAACAACGAUGGAGCGCUUGAAAAACACGGUGGAGAAUAAGGUUUCUGUAGAUGCCAGUGAAGUUUUUCCUCUCUUUGUUGCACUUUCUAAUCUCUGGACCGGCUUUCAGGAUGAAAUGCUACUGCUAAAGUUCCUUGCAAAUAUGACUAACAAUCUGCAACAGUUCUCAGAAAUCCAAUCACAGCUUUUUCCUGAGGAACUGCUAACAUCUCUUCUGGAAGGACUGACUGUGAAAAGUGAUGAGGAAAGGUUAAGAGAAACCAUGGGAACCAGAGUGAAUGUUUCUGAUUUUGAGAACCAAGAAUGGCUUUUUCCAGAGACUACUGAUAAUUUUGAUCGGUUGCUAAUCCAGUACCAUGGUUUCUGUGCACAUGCAAUUGGUGUGAAAGGCCUCACCCUCCCAGGAAAUCCUGCUAUUGGAAUUUUGAAGCACAAGGAGAAAUGUUAUGUUUUCAGUUCCAGAGAAGCUGCUUAUAUCUUUGCUCAAGAUCCAGAUAAGUUCAUUCAGCUGAAUGUAGAAAAAGCAAAAGAAUAUGCAGAGCUAAUUCAGCUGCUUGAGCUUUGUCAUCAGUUUGAAUACUUUGUUCCAUAUGCACAGGCCGGAGCUCCAGACAAAUGUUUGAUGAAACCAAUUGUAAAAUGUGACAGUAGUUCUCAAACUGAUACGCAUAUCUUGCCUCCAACCAUUGUGACAUCCUAUGAGUGGAAUGAAUGGGAAAUGAGAAGAAAAGCUAUAAAAUUGGCAAAUUUGCGACGCAAAUUAACUCAUGCCAUGCAGACUGAUCUCAGCAAUAUGAGAAGACAGAACUGCACCCAAGUCUACUUGCCAAAAGAUGUUAGCACCCAGACUAAGCGCGACAACUCAAGCAAUGUACCCAGACCACAGAUUUUCCUGGAAGGUCUCCGAGGACGAUCAUCUCCCACUACUCAUAUGGUCAAAGUAAACUUAACAAGAGCAGUAGAUGAAACCUAA